AUGCAUGUACAGAGGCUUAGGUGCUUGUCCAAAGGUGGAUCACACAAUAUUAACACUUUACGGGACAAUAAUACUGUGGCCGAUUUAUGUAAUCACAUCUAUAAAAUAACAGGAAUAAUGGCCCAGGAUCAAAAAAUUCUUUAUGGGUAUCCUAGAGAGCAAUUAGACCUAUCAAGACCUGAGCAAUUACUCAAGACGUUACCCAUCUCCAGUGGUGAUAGGAUAUAUAUUGAAUUCCAACAAAAUACAACUCCACCAAGAAAUGAAAAUUCUACCGAUCAAAGUAAGAAGCCUCCUAGUUAUAGUCAGAGAAGAAAUGUUAACAUCAUUCCUCGUUAUAUCUUGAUAAGGCAAGUUCCUGCAGAUAAUUCGUGCCUCUUUAGCAGUAUCAGCUAUUUAUUAACAAGUAACCUGCAGACAGUCGAAGAAUUACGCUCACUAAUUUCCGAAGUUGUACAACGCUAUCCCAAGCUUUACACGGAAGCAUUUCUCGGUGUAGAACCCUCCGAGUAUUCCAGAUGGAUUAUGCUCUCAACAUCAUGGGGAGGAGGAAUUGAGAUUGCGAUAUUAAGCGAGCAUUUCCAAGUAGAAAUAUGCGUAGUAGAUACCGUUAAUAUCAGGAUCGAUAGAUUCGGAGAAGACAAAAAUUACCAGCAUCGAAUUUUCCUAAUUUAUGACGGUUCACACUAUGAUUCACUUGAGCUUGUUGACAUGGCCAAUCCUAAUACCUCGGCAAAACAAAAAUUUUCAACAAACGACGACAAUCUGAUACCAUUAGCACUGGAAUUAGCCAACGAAGUCAAAUUGAAUCGUCAAAACACGUAUGCUGGCAAUUACGCCUUAAGGUGUUCCUACUGUUAUAAGCAAUUAACUGGCGUAUACGAUGCUCAACAACAUACAAAGCUUACUGGUCAUACUAAUUUUGAAGAGUAUGAAUAG